AUGAAGAAUCUUGUAGCUUUCGCUUGCAUUCUCGGACUCGCCUUCUGCGCAGUCGCUGUUGAUCUCGAUGCCGAUGGUGUCGCUGAUGUUGUUGUGCCAAAUGCCGCUGUUGCCACUGUUGUUGAGCCAACUGUCACUGUUGCCGACCCAUGGUUGGUGAGAGAUGGAUGGAGAGGUGCUUAUGACUGGACUGGUGAUGGAAUCAUUGACUGGAGAGACGACUUCGUCGUUGGUGGUGUUAAACCAUGGGAAGGAGACUGGAUCAGAGCUGACUGGAACAGAGAUGGUGUCAUCGACUGGCAAGAUGGAUGGAGAAGAUUUGGAAACGAAUGGACUACCGGAGCCUGGGAUCCAACAUGGAGAGGAGACGGAUGGAGAGCAGACACUGUUUCAGUUAGAGAAGUACCAGCUGGAUUCUACACCGACUCUGAGUGGAGAACUGUUGAAGGACCAUGGGACACUUUCGGAUGGGGAGGACGUUUCGUUGGUGACUGGAACAGAGAUGGUGUCAUUGACUUCAAGGACGACCUCGCAUGGAGAACUGGAAUUACCUCUGUAGUUGAAGCUCCAGUUGUUGCCCCAAGAGUUAUUGAAGGUGGACCUGUCAGAAGCAGAGUUGUCGAAGGACCAGUUGUUGCAAACGGUUUCGGUAGAGCUCCAACUUUGGGACCAAGAAGAGUCUUCUAAGCCUAAUGGAUAUUUCGCGUUAAAAUCCAAAACUUAAAAUU